AUGGCUCGAGGUCGAAUACCUCCCCCUCCAGCACAGGCCCAGUGGAUCAGUGAAGACGACUACAACCAGCCUCCCCCGCCUUACUCCGAGUUUGAAGAGGACGAUCAGCCGGGAGCUGGCUUAGACUCUCUCGGCCUCAUCAAUGGCGAUUACAACAUCGAUUGCCCUUUUGUCACCUCCCAGUGGAACUGUUACGGUUCCGACUUCGAAAUGACGCUCACCCUUGCCGGCUCGGCUCUCUGGGGAAGUUUCGAUUUAGGCAUCAUCGAGGGCGUGCUAUUCAUUGACGAGCGACCUUGGCAGUCAUCAGAUGAUUACUAUGAGUUCAAAUGGCGUGGAAGGGAAUCCGAUGGCCCCAUUAUGUACGGCGACCACCACCAGGGCUGGAUCAAGUUUCUAGGUGGUGGUCGGAUUGAGGGAUGGUUUGACUACCGGGGUCUCAGGUUCGAGGGUGAACGGCUUCCUGGUCAGGGGACGAGGAGCAGCAGGGAUGCUCGCAGUCUGCGGAUGCAGUGGGAUGGGUAUUCAGAGGAAGAGUACGACCGAGCGAACCGGGCUCGUUGGCAUUGA